AUGCGCACUUUUUUCGCGACCUUCAUCAUUGCGGCCUUUGCAGUGCUCGCCCUUGCCACUCCCAUUCCGAUUGUGUCCACGGCUGUCUCAUUCACGGGAGUCGUUGAAAGCCGUGCGGGGCCUCGAUACGAUGGUCGUGGAUACGCCCUCAUCAUCGGAGACGCAGAACCGCUCCGGCUGCGUCAGACUGACGGUCUCGGCCACGAGCAUCCUGCAGGCGGGGCCACGGAAUUUCCUCAGAGCCGCGGCGAUGGUAAUGGGCACAACGAGCACCGCCGGAACGACGGAAAUGGACACAACGAGCGUCGUCAGAACGAUGGCAAUGGACAUGACGAGCGCCGCCGGAACAAUGGAAAUGGGCACAAUGAACGUGACGAGCCGGCGCAGGACUGA